UCUUGUUCCGGACCCACCUCACAUAAUUCCCUCCUUUGUUUCUGAAAACGAACCCCACUCCCACAACCGUCGGAUCCCCUCCUCCACUACCUUUCCGUUACCCAUCCAACGGUCUUUUCCACUUCUCCGACCACCUCAACCAUCCCCACACAAGCACAAAACACAGAGAGAGAGAAGAGAAGAAAAAGCACAAAAAAAAGAAAGAAAUUUAUAUUUAAUUGUUUGUUUCAGAGAGAGAGGGAGAGGGAGCGGGAGGGAGAGAGAGAUGGGCGUGGACUACUACAACAUUCUGAAGGUGAACCGCAACGCGAGCGAGGAGGACUUGAAGAAGGCGUACAAGAGGGUGGCGAUGAUAUGGCACCCGGACAAGAACCCCGCCAACAAGCGCGAGGCGGAGGCCAAAUUCAAGCAAAUCUCCGAGGCCUACGACGUUCUCAGCGACCCCCAGAAGCGCCAGAUCUACGAUCUCUACGGCGAGGAGGCCCUCAAGACCGGUCAGUUCCCGCCACCACCGCCAGCCUCUUCACGCGCCGGCGGGUCCCACAACCACCACCAGCACUACUACAACCACGGCCGCCAGCAGCACCCGACGUCCUUCCGGUUCAACCCACGAGACGCGGAGGACAUAUACGCCGAGAUUUUCGGAUCGGAGAGCAAUGGUAAUGCCGGUGGUGCUGGUGGAGGAGCGAGGGGGUUUGGCCGGGACGGGUUCUUCCGGGCGCCGAGUGGUUCCGCGUCAAGGAAGGCUGCGCCGCUGGAGAACAUGUUGCCGUGUAGCUUGGAGGAGCUUUACAAAGGUGCGAAAAAGAAGAUGCGGAUCUCCAGGAACGUCUAUGACAUCUCUGGUAAUUUUCGGACUCUGGAUGAGAUAUUGACCAUUGAGAUAAAACCUGGUUGGAAGAAGGGGACCAAGAUCACAUUCCCUGAGAAGGGUAACCAGGAGCCUGGUGUCAUUCCAGCAGAUGUUAUUUUCGUGGUAGACGAGAAACCCCAUGCUCUUUAUAAGAGGGAUGGUAAUGAUUUGGUAGUCAAUCAGGAGAUAACACUGCUGGAGGCCCUCACGGGGAAGACCCUUGACCUGACUACCUUGGAUGGAAGGAAUCUCAUGAUCCCACUGUCAGAUAUCAUCAAACCUGGAGCAGAGGUUAUUGUCCCAAAUGAGGGAAUGCCAAUCUCAAAAGAAGCUGGGAGGAAGGGAAAUUUGAGGGUUAAAUUUGACGUCAAGUACCCUUCAAGGCUUACAACAGAACAAAAAUCUGAUUUAAAAAGAGUUCUGGGAGGGAUUUCACAAUGAUUGCAAGCUUUAAACGUCAUGGGUGCUAACACAGCUAGUUUUUGUUGCUAUUGGAUGAUGUAGAUAUGGCAUGUGUAUCCGAUUGAAGAAUGUGAAUAGUAGGAAGUUUUCAGGGGGUGCAUGGGCGCGUCGAGGGCCAAGUGCAGGGUGGUUCUUCCAAUCUUGCAUUUAGACGCAUAAUGUGGUAGGAAGGAUGUAAAUGGUCCAUGGGUUUGAACAUCAGUCUAACCAGAAGAAGUGGGUAGGAAAUGCUACCUUACCUGUCAUUUUUGUCAUAGUGUUAUUCUUUCCUUUUGAGUUGGAUGUUAAUAAUUAGAGCAUGCUUGGAAUUGCAUUCGGAAAUAGAGCUUUUAAAGUUAAAAAAAAUAAUAAUAAUAAUUUAGAAAAAAAAUUCAUUUUUAAGCUUUUCUCAAAAGUGUGAUUUGGCCCUUUUUAGAAUGGAAAAGUCAAGAAAUGCUUUUGAAAGUUUUUAUCGAACUGGUUAGUUUUUUGUUCGGCAAAAACAGUUUAGGUACUAAAGUACUUUUUAAGCUUCCAAACGCAAUUCCAAACAAGUUCUUAGUAUUGAUCAUCCUUGGAUUUUCAACAUAUGGUAUUGUUUUAACUUUUGGAAAUAUUGAAUUUAUUGUAUUGAUUGAUUAAAGAUACACCCAUGUGUUUGAGUAGUUAAAUUAUGUAAUGUUACAGCAUUUCAAUUUUUGUUCCUGCUGCAAUUCUCGAGGCAUAUGUACAGCGUACAUAAUCCAGUGAAUGGGCAUUGUCACCAACAAUGUAACAGGCUUUACAGGCCCAAUCUCCUAUUUUUCUUGCUGCUGUCUCAUCUUUAUGAAUAGAGCUUGUCUGCUCCUGCUAGCU